AUUAUGACAGCACUGCAGCGCCCAAGGGCCUUUGCGUGACCCGCGCCAUUUUGUCGGCGGUACAUCGUAAUACUUGGUCGCUCCCGUCGCGUUAUUGACUGGCGCGCCCUGCCAGUGGGCGUGGACAUAGCUUUGAAGUGCAUGUAUGCAGCUGUGCAGGCAGCGCCGGGGGCAGGGCAAGGCGAGCCGAAAUUGCUCCAGGACUAGCGUCCCAUGACAAUUUCAACACUCAUUCGCCCAACCCGGCCCAGCCAGCCAUAGCUAGCUUCCACGUAUGACCUUUCUGCCGAUGUUUAUGCUGGCUGCUUGACGCCAGCGAAUUUAGGCACUAGGUCGCCAAUCAAGGAAAAGUUUAGGGGAAAUCGCUAGGAUGAACCGGCUGGGCGCUCUGUCUGGCCUGCUUGCGAGGGCUGCUCGCACCUGUAGCCGUCGCUGGGCGACCGCAGCGUCUGGCGUUCCCGCUGAGCUGUCGGCUGUGGGCAUCGUUGGCCAGGAGUUCGCUGCCCAGGCGCGCAGCCUCCAUACCAGCUUGACAACAUGCCAGGGCGCUCCCGCUGAGGCCAAGCCCUCCGCUCUGUCGGCUGAGCCGCCCCGGAAGUACCGUCCGCUGGGCGACAAGGAGCUGUGGCACGAAGCAUGGAUGUACGAGGAUAAGUUCGGCACUGAGGAGGACCCCAUCAUCGUGCCCUCGCUAGAGGCGGAGCGCAUCAUCGGUGUCACGGACCCCGAGGACGAGACCCUGGUGGUCUGGGGCAUCCUUAAGGACGGCGAGCCCCCGCGCCAGUUUGUGGAGAACGGCGAGUUCUAUGUGCUCAAACACGUUGAGUACAUCAAGAAGGUCGGCGAUGUGCUGGAGGCCAUUGAGGGCGGGGCCGACAAGGCGAAGAUCGCCAAGUAAAGUGGCAGCAGCGACAGCAGCAGCUGCGGCGGCGGGAGCAGCAGCGGUGCUGGCUGGCGUGCCGGCAAGCCUGGCGCCUGCGGCAGUCAGCACGGUCCACUGGCGUCGCUGUCAGCGGCUAGCGCAGCGGCCACCCAGCGGAGCGCUGUGAGCGACGGGUGGGGUGAAGCGCAUUUGGGGGCAGGGCUUGCGGGCGCAGCAGCCAUGGCGGCCCUGCUACUGGGUGUCGACGCGAGUUGUGUGGAUACCUGCGGGCGUCGGCAGAACUGCCAGGGGGCUGUCGGGCUGGUGGGUGCACGGGGCUCUCGCCUUUCCUGGCCUUGACUCAAUGGCUUAUAAUCCUUGCGUAGAAUUUACCAGCGUGUGGUUAUGUGUGUGAUGCGUUGUUGGCUUGUGUGUGUGCGACGGUGUAGUGCGAGGGAAGCGUGCGCUUGCUGGUGAGUUGCCGAUAUGACACGCGAAUCCCGGCAGCGUAGCUUGCUGCUUUUGCGGCGGAGGACUUCAUUAUGGGGACGAGGUCGGGGCGCGUGUAUAUGCUUUCAUUGUGGGGUGUCGAUAACUUUCUAGGAGUUAGAUCAAAUGCUAAAGCACUGCGGCAGACAUGCAGCGGUUCAAGAACGAGAGUUUACUAGGCAGAUUGACGCACGGCUUGCUGAUGCGUAGAGGAGCAGUACCCCUCCCGGUAGACACCAGUGCGAUGUUGCCCUUCCCUGUGUGGCUUGUAUGAGCCCGUUGGCAUCUGGGUUGCAGCAACAGAUACGGUCGACUGGUGCAAAAGGGAGCGGAUCAACCCAGCAUCAGCGGUUACAGAUGGGCGAAUCCCUGUGUUUCCACCUUGCACAAAACCACAGUGGUGCCCUGGCCGCCCUCACAGUCCAUAAGACCACACACGU